CAACGACGUGCGCUUGAUUUCUGCAGUGGAAAAAUUCUUUCACUUCCACUUACAGUAGAGCCAGCGCUCCUUGCGGAUUUCCUUCCUCUAGAAGCUAGGAGUGAUUUCAUAUCAAAAUGGUACGCAUGAACGUUUUGGCUGAUGCGUUGAAGAGCAUCAACAAUGCUGAAAAGCGCGGCAAACGUCAAGUUUUGAUCCGACCGUGUUCCAAAGUUAUUGUCAAAUUCUUGACCGUCAUGAUGAAACAUGGUUACAUUGGAGAAUUUGAAAUUGUCGAUGAUCACAGAGCCGGCAAGAUCGUCGUCAAUUUGACAGGACGAUUGAACAAGUGUGGAGUCAUCUCUCCCCGCUUUGAUGUACCCAUCAGGGACAUUGAAAAAUGGUCAAAUGAUUUGCUACCUUCUCGCCAGUUUGGCUAUGUGGUUAUGACAACAUCAGCUGGAAUCAUGGAUCAUGAAGAAGCAAAAAGAAAACAUGUGGGUGGCAAGAUCCUAGGAUUUUUCUUCUGAAACUGUUGACAUCCUUCUAAUAAAUGAUGGUCAAUACACGUUUGGAAGAUA